AGCAGCAAGGCCAAUCCUACUUUUUUGAAAAUUUAAAGGUCAAAAAGGUUACUCGAUUAUCUAUGAGAUUCUGUUAAUUUUUUAUUUGUUAAUUAACUGUACCAUUGUUAGCCGAGGCCAUUUAAAACAAUUUAUUUUUAAUAGAAAUUACUGUUUCGAUUGAAAUUUUAUCACAGAAAAAUGUCCUGGUUUUCCUCUGUUGAAUUGGGACCUCCAAUUGAAGUUUUCCAAUUGACCAAACAGUUUCAAGAGGACGAUUUUCCGCAAAAAGUUAAUUUGGGUGUUGGCGCCUACCGCACAGAUGAAGGCAAACCAUGGGUUUUACCAGUGGUACGUGCAGCAGAAAAGACUUUGGCCAACGACGACACCUUAAACAAGGAAUACCUUCCUGUACUCGGACUGGAUUUAUUCAGCUCCCUAUCUACUAAAAUGUUAUUGGGAAACGAUAGUGCUGCUGUUACAGAGAAUAGGGCAUUUGGUGUACAAACCCUGUCUGGUACAGGAGCUUUAAGGGUAGGAGCAGAAUUUUUAGCAACCUAUUUAGGAAGGACAGUAUUUUACUAUUCUAAACCAACUUGGGAAAAUCACAGAUUAAUCUUUCUCAAUGCCGGAUUCAAAGAAGCCAAAGAAUACAGGUACUGGCACGAAGAAAAACACGGCCUGGAUAUCGAAGGGCUUUUGGAAGAUUUGAAUAACGCUCCCGAAGGGGCUGUGAUUAUUUUACACGCUUGCGCCCACAAUCCUACAGGCUGUGAUCCUACCCAAGAACAAUGGGGCCAAAUUGCCAAGGUGAUUAGAGAGAAAAAAUUGUUUCCGUUUUUCGAUUCGGCUUAUCAAGGAUUUGCAUCUGGAGAUUUGGAUAAGGACGCUUGGGCUGUAAGGUCGUUUGUUAAUCAAGGUUUUGAGCUUUUCUGUGCUCAAUCUUAUGCUAAGAAUUUUGGACUUUACAAUGAACGUACUGGUAAUCUGUCAAUAGUCCUAAACAAUGCAGCUCACAUUCCGGCAGUUAAAUCCCAAAUAACCUGGACAGUAAGAGGAAUGUACUCGAACCCUCCAAGUCAUGGAGCUAGAAUUGUUGCUCAUGUACUGAAUAGCAAGGACUUAUUUGAACAAUGGCGCGGUAACAUCCAAACAAUGUCGUCAAGAAUCAUCGAAAUGAGAAAACGCCUGAGAGAAGAAUUGGAAACUUUAAGAACACCUGGCAACUGGAAUCACAUUACAGAACAAAUUGGAAUGUUUUCCUACACUGGAUUGAAUCAAUCUCAAUCCCAACAUAUGGUUAAGAAGCAUCAUGUUUACAUGCUCAAAUCUGGACGUAUAAGUAUGUGCGGCAUUACUCCAAAUAAUGUAAAGUAUGUUGCUGCUUCAAUAUAUGAAACACUAACUGCUUUACCUUCGAAAAUUUAGAAACCACGAAAGUGAUAUUAUUAUAUUGUGUAUCAGUAGAAAUAGAGUGCAUUUAUAUUAUUUUUAUUGUAUAUAUUUUUGAAAAAUACAAAUUAUUUACAAUUAUUUGUUUUGAUUAAGCAACCAUGCUCUACACGGUUGAAAACUUAUUGGAACACCAAGAGAAACUGCCCUACAUGGAUGUA